GGCGACACGCGCCUCUCAGAGUGGACUCCACACUUUUAAACCUCCCCAUAAAUUAGUGCACUUUUUCUCUCAGACCUGCCCCUCGUUGUUCAGGGCGUUCAGGUAAACUCCGGCUACCUCCAACUCUUUGUCGACCUCCCACUUCUGACGUUGGCGGACGGAGGGCUGUUAAAAUAUGAAACGGACACGUUGAGGCUUCGAGCUGUUUUGCUCUUCUCCUCCUGGACAUCACAUUUUCACAUGUCGAACUAAAGGACCACCAAAGAAACUCACAGAACAAGGUGACUGAACUGUCUUGGAGCAGCUCCUUCAAAUUAGCUGGAAGACCUCAGGAUCAGAAAUGAGCGGCGCUAAGCACAAGAUGGAGGACGAGGCGGUGUUGGACAGGGGGGCGUCUUUUCUCAAGCAUGUCUGCGAUGAGGAGGAAGUCGAAGGCCACCACACCAUCUACAUUGGUGUGCACGUGCCCAAGAGCUACCGGCGUCGGAGGCGCCACCGCCGGCGUACCAGCCACAAGGACAAAAAGGAGAAAGUGAUGGAGAAUGCCUCAGACAGGUCGGAUGCCGAAAACACUGAGGAGGCCAGCAACAGCAUCCUCAAACCACUCAUUUCUCCAGCGGCUGAGCGUGUUCGUUUCAUCCUGGGCGAAGAAGAUGAUGGACCAGCACCCCCACAGCUGUUCACAGAGUUGGAUGAACUGCUAUCUGUGGAUGGCCAGGAGAUGGAAUGGAAGGAGACAGCCAGGUGGAUCAAGUUUGAAGAAAAGGUGGAAAAGGGUGGGGAGCGAUGGAGCAAACCACAUGUGGCCACCCUCUCUUUGCACAGUCUCUUUGAACUCAGGACCUGUAUAGAGAAAGGCACCAUCAUGUUGGACCUGGAGGCUACCACUCUGCCUCAGGUUGUGGAGAUGAUCACGGAGAGUCAGAUAGAGAGUGGUCUGCUGAAGGCUGACCUGAAGGAUAAGGUCAUGUACACCUUGCUGAGGAAGCAUCGUCAUCAGACCAAAAAAUCCAAUCUGCGUUCCCUGGCUGAAAUUGGCAAAACGGUCUCCAGUGCAAGUAGGCUGUUUUCCAACACGGAUAAUGGUAAUACAGGUAGUCCCGCCACUGCGCACCGGAAUUUGACGUCAAGCAGCAUGAAUGAUAUCUCUGACAAACCGGAGAAAGAUCAGCUGAAGAACAAGUUUAUGAAAAAGCUGCCCAGAGAUGCAGAGGCCUCCAAUGUACUGGUCGGGGAGGUGGACUUUCUGGAUGCUCCUUUUGUGGCCUUUGUGAGGCUGCAGCAGGCCGUCAUGCUGGGAGCGCUAACAGAAGUGCCAGUUCCAACCAGGUUCCUGUUCAUUCUUCUUGGGCCAAAAGGCAAAGCCAAGUCAUAUCAUGAAAUUGGUAGAGCAAUUGCCACUCUUAUGUCUGAUGAGGUCUUCCAUGACAUUGCGUACAAAGCCAAGGACAGACAAGACCUCCUCGCUGGUAUCGAUGAGUUCUUGGAUGAAGUCAUUGUUCUCCCUCCUGGUGAAUGGGACCCUACCAUAAGAAUAGAGCCUCCAAAGUCUCUUCCAUCUUCUGAUAAAAGGAAGAACAUGUAUGCUGGAGGGGAUGCACAGAUGAAUGGGGACACGCCUCAUGACGGGGGACAUGGAGGUGGGGGACAUGCAAUCGGCGAAGAGCUGAUAAAGACAGGGCGAUUCUGCGGAGGCCUUAUACUUGAUAUCAAAAGGAAAGCCCCGUUCUUUGCCAGCGAUUUCUACGAUGCACUGCACAUCCAGUCUUUGUCUGCCAUUCUGUUUAUCUAUCUAGGAACAGUCACUAAUGCUAUCACAUUUGGAGGACUACUUGGGGAUGCUACUGAAAAUAUGCAGGGUGUGCUGGAGAGCUUUCUGGGCACAGCAAUCACUGGAGCUGUCUUCUGCCUCCUUGCUGGACAGCCUCUCACUAUCCUCAGCAGCACAGGACCUGUGCUUGUCUUUGAGAGGCUCCUCUUCAACUUCAGCAGGGACAACCAGUUUGACUACUUGGAGUUCCGGCUGUGGAUUGGCUUGUGGUCGGCCUUCUUCUGCCUGACCCUGGUGGCUACUGACGCCAGCUUUCUGGUACAGUACUUCACCCGCUUCACAGAGGAAGGUUUCUCCUCACUGAUCAGCUUCAUCUUCAUCUAUGAUGCCUUCAAGAAGAUGAUAAAGCUGGCCCACUACUACCCCAUCAACUCAGACUACAAGACUGAUUAUGUCACGCAGUACGACUGCAUGUGCAUGGCACCCACUGUAGUAAAUGCUUCAGAUACUUACAAUGAUCCAAUGGAGGAAACAACCACUUGGUACUACAACUACACUGAUCUGCCACUAAAUACUACCUGGUCCUCACUGUCAAAGAAGGAUUGUCUGAAGUAUGGUGGCGAGUUGGUGGGCAAGGCCUGCCACUUUGUGCCAGACAUCACCCUCAUGUCCUUCAUUCUGUUUUUUGGCACCUAUACCUGCUCAAUGUGUCUGAAAAAGUUCAAGACAAGCCCUUUCUUCCCCACCACGGUGAGGAAACUCAUCAGUGACUUUGCCAUUAUCUUGGCAAUCCUGAUUUUCUGCUGUGUUGAUGCUUUGGUGGGUGUUGACACUCCCAAACUCAUUGUGCCAAGUGAAUUUAAGCCAACAAGCCCUCUCCGUGGCUGGUUUGUGCCACCGUUUGGGGGGAACCCCUGGUGGGUUUAUCUGGCAUCAGCUCUUCCUGCCCUGCUGGUCACCAUCCUACUUUUCAUGGACCAACAGAUCACUGCAGUGAUCGUCAACCGCAAAGAGCACAAGCUAAAGAAAGGUGCAGGUUACCAUCUGGAUCUGUUCUGGGUGGCUGUACUGAUCGCUUUGUGCUCCUUCAUGGGCCUACCCUGGUAUGUUGCUGCUACCGUUAUUUCUAUCGCCCACAUAGACAGCUUGAAGAUGGAGACGGAGACGUCAGCUCCUGGCGAGCAGCCAAAAUUUUUGGGGGUCAGGGAGCAGAGGGUGACUGGUGUCUGUGUGUUUCUUCUCACUGGCUUGUCUGUCUUUAUGUCUCCCAUUCUCAAGUUCAUUCCCAUGCCUGUCCUCUAUGGAGUCUUCCUCUACAUGGGAGUUGCCUCACUCAAUGGAGUCCAGUUCAUGGACCGCUUGCAGCUGCUCCUCAUGCCUGCCAAGCACCAGCCCGACCUGAUAUACCUGAGGCACGUGCCGCUGCGCAAGGUCCACCUGUUCACUUUCAUCCAGAUGCUGUGCCUGGCCCUGCUCUGGAUUCUCAAGUCCACUGUGGCUGCCAUUAUCUUCCCAGUCAUGAUCCUGGCUUUGGUUGCUGUGCGGAAGGCCAUGGACUAUGUCUUUUCUCAGCAUGACCUCAGUUUCCUGGAUGAUGUCAUCCCAGAGAAAGACAAGAAGAAGAAAGAAGAUGAGAAGAAAAAGAAGAAGAAGAAAAGAGGGAGCUUAGAUAGUGAUGUAGAUGAUUCUGACUACCAGUCCAACGAGAACGUCCCCAGCAUUAAAAUCCCUCUGGACAUGAUGGAGCAGGAACCCUUUUUAGGAGAUAAGGCCUCUGACAGAGAAAAGACCCCUUCAUUUCUUGAACGAUAUACGUCAUGUUGAGAAUCUGCGCUACUACCAGGACAGUCCGAUGUCAAGUCCGGAGAGACUACCGUUAAAUGUGCCUCAGAUUAGAAUAGACAUGGACCCAGAUGACGACAAUGAUGGCUACUUCUGGAGGACUCGAGGGUCCGAGACAUCGAUAUAGCCCCUCCCUCGUCCACCCAUUCAGCCAAUCAGCAUCCUGCAGGAUGACCGAUCGUUGUGUGCAGUUUGUCAAUGAAACCUCAUGGAAUUCUCACAUCAAGUUCAAGUGGAAAGCCAUGCAGUCAAGGAAUAUUUUAAGGGAACUUGAAAAGACUUUCAUGGAUGCUUUCUGUGACCCACGUCAAGGCGCUUAAUGUCUCUCAUCUAAAGUCUUUAUGGAUGCCAUUUUAAUUAUUUUCUUCAUUUCAUGAGAAAAAUCGUACUCAUCGCUCGUCCAUCACUUACUUCUUAAGAACGCUGGCUGACCGUCAUCAUUCCUUACUACUAUGCAAUUUGUCUGCUCGCUGUUUCUCUGAUCAACACAAAAUGCUGUAGUUUUUUUUUUUUACCACGUGUGGGGAGAAAAUCCUGCCGCCCUCUUCUGUUCUCUUUCUUACCUGAUAUUUCCUUCCUCCUUUUUUAUAUAAGGAAUUACUGUAAUUGCAUUUUCCUGUAGCAGGAAAAUCAUAUUUUGAUAUUUUUUUGUUUUGUUUUGUAGCUCUACCUCUUAUUUUAGGUGAUAGGCAUUCUGUAAAAAAAUAGAAAAGGAAAAAAGGUGUUGGUUAUUUUUAUUGCUCAGCAUGGACUUUUAAUGUUAAUAUCCUGUCUGUCAAUUUAGUGUACUUCCUGAACAAAGCAUUGAAGAUUAAAAUGUGUUAUUAAAAUGGAGAACAAUAUUUGCGAUAAUAUAUAAUAUAUUGUUAUACAUGGCUGUUCUUAACCUUUUAGUGAUAUUUAAUGGUAUUGAUCCUGCUUAGCUUUACAAUCUUACAUUUAAUACAGUAUUAUAUUAUUUUUUAUCCCCUCUCAAUUGAAAAUCAUUUUGCAAGUUCUGAUUGUUUUAAUAACUAAAGAUCCAUUUUUUAAAAUAUUAUUUUGCACUAUGGUUGCAUUGAUUUACUUAAAAGAUUUGAACAUGCUGUAGAUUUCUGCAACCACAUUUGGUUGUCACUGCCCUUAAUAUUGUCCUGCAUUUUGCUAUUAGAUCUGUUUAUCCUGCACAAAUGACCUACCUAAGUGACUUAACUAAGAACUGCAAUAAUAGGCCUCCAUGAAACGAGUUAAGUAGAUCACUGCUGUAAUUCUAAGUAAUUCAAACCAGUUUUUUUUCCAUUGUGUGCAUUAUUUGAGCGAUAACUAGUUGUCAUCAAAUGUCAUAUUGCUUCGUAAGUUGCUUCUAAGCUUUAAUGACUUGAACAGUCAUAGGAUGGCAUGUAUAUUUCUAUGGGCAGUUUCAUGAAACACCAACAAAUGUGAUGCGAGCACUGCAGCCCACACUGGUUGCAGACAUGGAGAAAUGAUUGCAGUGUCCAGAAUGAGGUUUGCAUGUCCUACUCAUGGCCUGUGUGAAUGACCCAACAGCCUUUUUCCUCUUUGUCUACAUCCCAUGUAGGUUUUUUUUUGUACUAGUAAUUUUUUUCUUUUCUGAAAAAAAAAAAAAUCACCAGUUCUGUACAAAUGACACUAUACCGAAUUUUUCAAAAUUGACUUCUUUUAACACUGUGUAUAAUGGAUUUUUAACUUAUAUUUUUUGGACGCUGCGUAGAGGAAUGAGGAAUACUAAAGAA